AUGAUGAUACGACACCUUGCCGCUUCAUAUCUUGUACCCAUACGGCCGAGCACAGUUUCUCAAUCAAGGAGGCUACUUUUUAUAGCCUCGAUAGGCAAUCCGGAGCCCAAAUAUGAGGGAACUAAACACAAUAUUGGACAUCGAAUGCUCGAUCAACUAGUGGAUAUAUACUGGAAAGACCAUCUAGUGAAAGAUGGCCCUUAUUACAGGUCGACUAAGUAUUCCAAUAUUGUCCUAUUCAAAUCCAAUGACUCAUUGAUGAAUUUACAAGGAAAGGCUGUUUCCAAGCAUUACAGACAAUUCCAGAAGGAUUCACAGCUUGUGAUACUUCAUGAUGAACUCCAGGUGCCAGUGGGUAAGUACCAGAUUCGGAAGCCUAGUACUAGUCCCCGUGGGCAUAAUGGAUUGAAGUCAAUAAACCAGCACCUACCCAAUAAUUACACUAAAGUUGCCAUUGGCAUUGGAAGACCAUCCGACAAACGUCAUGUUGUAGAUUAUGUGAUGUCUAAAUUCAAGGAUCUGGAACUCGAGGAGUUAGAUUUUGAAGUUUUGCCCAAAUGUGUUAAAGAGCUCGAGAAACUUGUGGAAAUGGAUAAGGAGGCAAGAAAGGAGAGAGUAGACAAGAAAGUUGAAGUAUCUGUGUAA